CUCCGGGCCCGCGGACGGCUCGCACGCGGGCCCUCCGGGGGCACCCUGCGACUUCUCACCGCCUUGUAUCAAAGCGAGCGUGGGCAGGGAAAUGGAUUCAGCCCAUCUUGGGUCCCUUGCCCCAGCCCUUGGGAAACCGCGAUUCGACGCCGUUUUCCCCUGGUGAUGAAUGUCCCGGUCUCCCUUUCAACAGUUUUAGAAGUGGAUGGUAUAAGUGGGAAUGGAGGCCCAGGAUAGUCUCAAAAUUAAAGAGUGCGGAGACUGGAAGGGAGAAUAAGUGUGAAAAGCUGACGGAAGAAGCAGUGUGUGGCAAAGAGAUGAGUUGACUAACGACUGGAGGAACAAUAUGAAGAGGGAAUCUUAAAAGGCGGAAUUAACUUUUUUUAAAUAUUGCCAAGACUAAAUUAUUUUACUAGAGGCAAAGAAAGCUGUGUUUCUCAGCUGAAUGAUGACAACAUUGCAGAAAAAAGAAGAAUGUGGGAAGGGAUCAAAGAAACCCUUUGCCCCACCUACACAAAAAUUGCAUAGCAUGAUACCGAAUGGCCCCAACUCACACAGAGACGAGACCCUGGGGAUCAGUUCUCCAGUGGCAGAAGCCAAGGCAAGCCCACCAAAAGCCAGGUUAGAGAAGGAGGAAAAGGCAACUACAGAGGAUGGUCCAGGGGUUGGUCAGGAGAAAAAAGGAAAGGCUCAAGACAAGCCAGCAGAGAAGAAGGAAAAGGGAAAAUCAAGUCUUACCAAUGCAGAAUUUGAAGAGAUUGUCCAGAUUGUGCUUCAGAAGUCCCUUCAGGAGUGCUUGGGUUCGGCUUGUGGGAUGGGAUCUGGUCUUAAUUUUGCAGAGACUACCUGUGUUCAGACCAAUUCCCAGUCAGACAAAGAACCAGGCAUUGCUUCUGCUACUGAUAAUGAUAACGCUGUUGGAGAGAGGAAAAUGAUACCUCAUACUCCAGAGACUUCAGCCUCUGUAGAAGAUGUCCCAGAGAUAAGAACAUCUAAAUCAGCCCAACUGGUUCCUGCACCUUCUGAGAAGAAAUUUAAUAGACUUUCCUUAAGCAAAAGAAAGAGGGAAGCUCAAGAUGAAAAAAUGGACAAAGUUCAAGGUGGACAUGAGUGCAGAGAGAAAGACCAUCCAGAGAAAAUAAUUCAGGGUGAUUCUCAGAUCAGGGGUCAGCAAAAAGGGGAAGAAAGUGGUUUUGGUCAAUGUUUAGUUUGGGUCCAGUGUUCCUCUCCAAACUGUGAGAAAUGGAGGCGGCUGCGUGGGAACAUUGACCCUUCAAUUCUCCCAGAUAAUUGGUCUUGUGACCAGAAUACAGACUUGGAUUAUAAUCGCUGUGAUAUUCCUGAGGAGAUCUGGACAGGGCGUGAGAGUGAUGUGGCCUAUGCCUCCUAUGUCCCAGGAUCCAUCAUCUGGGCCAAGCAGUAUGGUUACCCCUGGUGGCCAGGCAUGGUCGAAUCUGAUCCUGACCUGGGGGAAUAUUUUCUCUUUGCUUCUCAUCUUGAUUCUCUGCCAUCUAAAUACCACGUGACAUUUUUUGGAGAAACAGUUUCUCGUGCUUGGAUCCCAGUCAACAUGCUAAAGAAUUUCCAGGAGCUGUCCCUGGAGCUAGCAGGAGUGAAAAAGUGCAGGAAUAAGGACUACAGCCAGAAAUUGGUGGCAGCCAUCAUGAUGGCUCAGAAGGCAGAACAGAUCAACAUUGGGGAGCGGGUCAACUUAUUUGGUUUCUGGAGCCGUUACGGUGGAUCUGACAGCAGUGGGAAUGGAAAAGACCUAAUACUUUCUGGGGCUAAUAGCCCAGAGUCCUACUUGGAAAAAGAAGAGGAGGAAUCAGAGAUAGAGAAGGAGAAAGAAGAGAAGAGAGAUCCAACUAUGCCUGGACCAAAGCCAACCAAAACACAUUCAAAAAAGCCCAAGGCAAGACGCAUGGCAGAUAGACAACACAGGACCCUGAAAAAGAAGAUAGUGAAGAGACCUCUGGGCAGUGAAUCCAUAGUGCCUCCUGCACCCAAAACGGGAAGGAAAGAAGGACAAAGGAAUUCUGAUCUGGACCAGCCAGGCCUUAAGAAAAAAUUUCAAGUUCCCCAAACCAAGGCCUCAGCAACCAACUUGUCUCAGGAAAAAGAAGUUAGAAUGAUGCCGAAGGGCCUGACCCCACCAGCUCAUCACGUGGCCUGUCCCUUGGAGGGGAAAGAAGGGCCUAGACCCCAGGAACCACUGACUAAGGAGGCUGAAAGUAUCCCCACUGGAGAUGAAGCUUCCAGUGACCUGGACCUGGAGCAACUCAUGGAAGAUAUUGGAGGAGAGGCCAAGGAGCAAGGGGAGCCACAGCAUGGAGAGGAUGCAGAGGGGUUCCCUGCAGCCUUCUUUGAGGAGUAGUCCUCUGCUCUUAUCCUACUAUCUCUGCAGCAGGGGAAAGAGUCUCUUGGGAGGUCCCUGAGCAGUUGAUAAUUUGGGGGUUGUUAGUUGGCUACAAGUUCAAGUCAGUUGUGCAGUUUAUGUGUUAAUA